AGGUCAUGCAACCAGCCCUUGAUGAGCCUGACAAGAAUAGCAAAAGGCUGAGUGCUGGGGUAGGUUUUACAGUGUGCAAAUUGAAUUCAACGAAUGCAGUGAAUGGUCCAGUAGCUAUGUUAUUUCCAGAUUAUUUACAUCAAGAUAUCCCCCUGUAAGUCUGUGCACUUCUUGUUUGAAUCAAGGACUGAGAAACGUGGCCUUCCAUUAAAGCCUUCACCAAAGAUUGGGAGAAAACAGUUCUGCCAAGUGCUUUGAAAACAGCUGACGACACCGGAUAAUGUGCUGACUAGCACUAUGGGCAGGCGAUACCCCGGGGCUCACUAUCGUCAAAGCAAUUCAUUUGAUUCCGGUGUGGAAACCUUGGCAGGGUUUAUGGCUAGUAACGGCGCAUCAGAUAUUGUGAAUCGGAAUGGGCCUGCCACCCCCCCCAACACCCUUCACCUGCGCUCCUCCCAUAAUGAACUGCUGAAUGCUGAAAUCAAGCACACGGAAGUCAAGAAUAGCACGCCUCCCAAAUGCAGGAAAAAAUACGCCCUGACCAGCAUUCAGACAGCCAUGGGUCUUUCUGAUCCUGCAGCCCAGCCUUUGCUGGGCAGCAAUUCCUCCAACAUAAAGCUGGUGAAAAACGGAGAAAACCAGCUAAGAAAAGCGGCAGAGCAAGGCCAGCACGACCCCAAUAAAAACCUUGCUGCUCCUACAGUGACUGCCGGCCUAAACAUAACUUCUGAGAAGUUGGAGGGAAAAGAACCAAGCCAGCUGGAUUCUUCCAGCAGUGAAAUCCUGCCAACGCAACACCGAAGAACCAAGAGCUUCCUAAAUUACUAUGCAGAUCUUGAGACGUCAGCCAGGGAGGUUGAUCAGAAUUGUGGGGACAGCCCAGUGGCAGGGGAGGAGAAGUUGCCUUCACAAUGCAACAGCCAAGCCUCUACAGUGGUGGUUAAUGGAGAUGCCUUGCCUCAAAAGCAAAACAAGGCAGCAAGUCCUGAAGAUGGACCGGUAGCAACCAUCUCAUCGAGUCCAGAGACCAAAAAGGAUCAUCCUAAAACUGGUGCCAAGACAGAUUGUGCCCUACACAGGAUUCAGAACCUGGCUCCAAGUGAUGAAGACUCUAGCUGGACAACGUUGUCUCAGGACAGUGCUUCUCUGAGUUCCCCAGAUGAAACAGCAGAUAUAUGGAGCGAUCAUUCAUUUCAGUCAGAUCCUGACUUGCCACCAGGUUGGAAAAAGAUCAGUGAUAUAGCAGGCAUCUAUUACUGGCACAUACCCACAGGAACCACCCAAUGGGAACGCCCCAUAUCUGUACCAACAGAUCUUCAGUGCUCACGAAAAGGUUCCCUGAGUUCUAUCACAUCGUCUCCUACUCCAGAAACUGAGGAUCUUCAUGCGGCCACGGUGAAUCCAGACCCCAGUUUAAAAGAAUUUGAAGGAGCUACCUUGCGCUACGCUUCCCUGAAGCUCAGAAAUGCACCACAGUGUGAUGAAGAUGAUUCCUGUAGCAUCAACAGUGAUCCAGAAGCCAAGUGCUUUGCUGUUCGUUCUCUGGGAUGGGUAGAAAUGGCCGAGGAAGAUUUAGCUCCUGGAAAAAGCAGUGUUGCUGUAAACAAUUGCAUCCGGCAGCUCUCUUACUGCAAAAAUGAUAUCAGAGAUACAGUUGGCAUUUGGGGAGAGGGAAAAGACAUGUAUCUUAUCCUGGAGAACGAUAUGUUAAAUUUGGUUGACCCCAUGGAUCGUAGUAUUCUUCAUUCUCAGCCCAUCGUAAGCAUCCGAGUCUGGGGAGUAGGGCGUGAUAAUGGCCGGGACUUUGCUUAUGUAGCAAGAGACAGAGAGACAAGAAUUUUGAAAUGCCACGUGUUUCGAUGUGACACCCCAGCGAAAGCCAUUGCCACGAGCCUCCACGAAAUCUGUUCUAAGAUUAUGGCUGAACGGAAGAAUGCCAAAGCUGUGGCUUGCAACUCAUUGCAGGAGCGGACAAAUGUUACCCUUGAUGUUCCCUUGCAAGUAGAUUUUCCUACACCAAAGACUGAGUUGGUCCAGAAAUUUCAUGUACAGUACUUGGGCAUGUUACCUGUAACUAAGCCAGUGGGUAUGGACACCCUGAAUGGGGCUAUAGAAAAUCUGAUGGAGUCCUCUAACAGAGAAGAUUGGAUGCCUGUCACCAUGAAUGUUGCUGAUGCUACUGUGACAGUCAUCAGCGACGGAAAUGAAGAGGAGAUUGUGGUGGAAUGUCGUGUCCGGUUCUUGUCUUUUAUGGGAGUGGGUAAAGAUGUACAUACGUUUGCCUUCAUUAUGGAUACGGGAAACCAGCAUUUCGAAUGCCACGUUUUCUGGUGUGAACCCAAUGCUGGCAAUGUCUCAGAGGCUGUUCAGGCUGCUUGUAUGCUGCGGUAUCAAAAGUGCUUGGUUGCCCGACCUCUUUCUCAGAAAGUCCGCCCACCCCCUCCUCCAGCAGACUCCAUGACCAGAAGAGUCACCACCAACGUAAAGCGUGGCGUCUUGUCCCUGAUUGACACUUUGAAACAGAAGCGUCCCGUGACGGACAUGCCAUGAUGGACCUGCGGGCACCCUGGCGUUCCGAAAACGUCGCGCAAAAGAUACAGCGGCUGCGUUAAAAGAAAGGGGACUGGAUGAUGGCCUUCCAUUGAGACCUUCUUCAUCUUCAGAAAAUUUGCCCUUAUCAAAAGUAAUAGUAGACAAGCAUGUUCUCACUCUUGCUGCCACCAAGUCAUAUGAAAAGAAGCAUGAUAUUUUUUCCCCCCUGUGAGGUCUGCUCCUCGAGAAGCAGAAGGCCUGCUUUCUGAUUGUAAAUACUACGAACGUUACUUAAAUUUACACAUCCAGAAGAAAGGAAUGCAGCACAUGGCUCCUCAUCUUUGCAAAGAACCGGUCUGAUGAUACUCAUCACCCCCUGAGCACUUUGCCCUCUUUUUUAACAGUGAAAUACAUACCAAGUAUUAGUUACUGUUGUAUUAUUAUACUACUAAUACCAAGCUUCUUAUUUUUUACAAAGCAGCAUUCAUAAUUAACCUUUCAUCCUCUGCACCGUAGUAAUAACUUAACCUUGGAUCUGCAAGCAUAGCUGUGCUGCAAUGGAGAGACCCUUCGGUGGAGGAAGGAAUACGCCAGCUAGGUGACAACAGCUUGUGGCAACCACGUGCAUGUCUGUGUCACUGCACAUCCAAGUGUGGAGAAUCUGUCCUUCAUUGUCUCUUUCUAGCACAAAUGUAUAUACAGUGAAGAAGACAGAAGUGUACCGUUGUCACAUAAAAUCUCUCCCUGUG